CAGAUUUCAAGUCCGGCGGCUAAACCACUUGGCCAGGCUCCGCUCCACUUGCUGGCCAAUAAAGCCAAUGUAAAUGAUAGUUUCACCCGGUGAAUAUACCUGAGCGCACCACAGUUUGUUCAAAGGGAGCAACUGGAGACGCGCGAGAGAGAGAGACGCGCGCGAGAGGGUCGCGCGUGCUGUGCGCAAUGCUUGGAGCAAGUUUGUAUACUUGCAACUUCAUUUGGGAUUGACGAACGAAAUCGUAACGUUAUCACGUGUGAUCACGGAAAGUUUGAUGGCACGUGACAACUGCGUGGAAAGUUUGCGGGACAUUUUAACCAAAUAGGGAGUGCACGGAAAAUUUGGCCGGCAAAAUAAUGGGUGGGUCUGUAAAAGAAGUUCCGGAAGCAAACAAAUGGUAACGGUUUAUGCGAUAAGAAACCUAAUUUAAUCACUUAUUGGGAGGGAAGACCUUAACAAACGUGCUAGAAUGCGGUCGAAACAUUUCACACAUAAUGGUUCGCAAACAAAGGUUUAGUUACCCUGGUUACAAAGAGCAGAAGAGUCUUAAAAGCUUCUAGUAAUGUCAACAGAAAUGCUAAAAGAAGCUGAAGAACAAAUAGAAAGGAGAGAAGGCAAGUCACAGAUCUAGGUGCUAAUCAAGAUUCCAUAUUGGUGGAAUGGCCUGGGAAAAGAAGUGAAACGAAAAGAAGACAAAAAGAUGUCAUCUUUUUAGUCCUAAAAGCUGUCUUUCUGUAACGGAGAAAACCGCGAUCUGGGCAACUUAUGAUUUAAAAAAGAUGUUGCCAAUACGUGCACAGUUUAUUAAAAAUACAGUUUUCUAUUAUGAGAAUUCACUUCAAGUUUUUUACAAGAUAAAACAAGUCUAACCUCCGACCUUUCACGUGAAAAAAGGGUCGCGUUCAAGAGUAUUGUUCAAACCCGUAACUUUGGAAACAGAAGUUGUUAUCAAAUUGGAAUCUACUGCGUUGAAUAUUAGAGUAAUUGGAGAUGACAGCACAAGUCGUCGAUAUGGCAUGUGAGCGAAGUAAUUUUAUCUUUCCUGUGUCCGGCUACACGCAGAUUGUCAGACGGCGAACUCUUACGAAAUGGACUAAUGUUCAUUUGGAGACUAUUGGCUUGUCGGUCGAAGAUGUGAUCGAUCUAUUAGACAGCGCAACGGUGGCGAAACUUCUGUCAGUUUUGUCGGGAAGACACAUAGCUGUGCCGAUAUUUCAACCUCAGCGAAAGAAACGUCAAGAGGUCGGCUGGAGGAAUAUUUUCAGUUUUCUAGCGAGCCAAGAAUUCCCAGAGGAAGUCAUAGAUCCUGUUAAUUUUAUUCAGGGGGAGGUCGAUUUUAUCCUCGCCUUAGUGUGGAACUUGGUGAUAUUUUACCUCAUACUUCCUCUUCAAGUCAUGUUCGGUCAAACGGAGACCUCCGCCAGAGAUUUUAUCCUUUCAUGGGUUCGUGAAAAACUACCUAGCCGGAACGUAACAAAUUUCGACACGGACUGGCAAGACGGUGUGUUACUAUGUGAACUGGUGAACGCUACUCAGCCGGGGCUAAUACCGCCAAAGCUUUACGCAGACAAGACAAAUGGCGAAGGAAAUGCCAAGCUCGGGAUGCAAAUUGCGCAUGACGCGUUUGGAAUACCGCAGGUUAUUUCCUCGUUUGACUUGGCGUCGUCGCAGCUUGACGAGUUGAGCCUGUUGACGUACUUAGCGCUGUUUUGUAAGUACGAGAGUCUGAGCAAGGGGACUGGAAAGAAAGCUAAUAAUGGAACGCCAGGGUCGAAGGACGAGGAGAUCGCUUGUAAAGCAUACGGUUCAGGACUAAGGGCCAGUGAGCUUGGAAAAGUAGCUGAGUUCGUCGUGGAGUUAAACGGUGCUAAACCAACCGACAUAACCAUAGCAAUCGAGUGCAAGCCACUUCGGGGAGCUGUACACGAAGAGAAGCCCGAUUUGAGUGUGAAACCGCUAAGCAGGAAUACAUACUGCGUGAAAUAUUUACCCACAAGACCUGGUGAUUACGUGAUUAGCAUUUUGCAUUGUGGAGCGCACAUAUUAAGAAGUCCAUUCUAUCUGACUGUCCCAGAACAUAACGGUGUUAACGCCCUGAAGGCAUCCCCAAAGAACCAUCGAAGAGAUUUAGUGAAUGGCACUUCAUCUACUGGCCAUGAAAUGUCCUCGAAUGAGAAUAACUCUCCAGUAUCCACCCCAUCAACAAGUCAAACUAGUUCUCCAAGUCAGUCUUCAGACGAUGAACUCAAAAAUCACCCACCCACUCCUCCCCACUUGACAAAUGGAUCAGCAUGUCCCAGAAUCCCCUUGAAUACUGCUGAGGGACCGGGCCUGAUGGCCGGGGAGGUUGGUCGCGUGGGCAGAUUUACUGUUGUGACUGAUAACUCCACUAAAGGCCCAUUGAGCGUCUGCAUCAGCUGUCCAGCGGUUUCCAUCCCAGUUCCUUACGUCAAAAGCGCAAAGAAGGAUAAUUUCACAGAGCAUAGCGUGUUGUACAUACCGACGGAGCCUGGUGCUUACGAAGUGUUCAUAAAAUGGGGCGACAUGUCAAUCAUCGGCAGUCCUUUCAAGGUCUUCAUCAACAACGUGUCGGAAGACGGCUCUGACGGGAUGUCCCGCGGGAAAGCCGAUCUGGGCGGGCGCGGAAGAAUCCGGGUGUAUUACGCCGCAAUGUCGACAAAUCUGAAAGUUCGCAAAGACAAUGAAAUGCUGGAGAAAUUCUUAAAAGCCAAAGGUAUUUCAAGUCGGUCUGAUUUUGAUCCUUGGAUUGCGCUUGAUGUCGGGAUGAGCAAAGCGGAGAGAGACAAAGUGUUUUCCAAGGCUGGGACUCGUCAUACACCCAUGGUAUUCGCUAAUGAUGUGUUUAUCGGUGGUUAUGAGGACGUGAUCAUUAUGGACAAACAGGGACUGUUUGAUAAAUACUUGAAAUAACUGUUCCCAAGCAAGAUAUACAGGCAAACGUUUCCUGUUGUCAAGAUUACUGCACUGAGCCGAGGAACUUCACUCCUUGAUAAUUUAGACACAUUUAGACAUUGUGUAUAAGCCGAAGAGACAAUUUAAGGAAGGAAUUCAGAACUGCAUUUCCCGUGUGUAUAUACUUCUGACGGAAAUGUCUCACGAGGAUAAAAUAAGAUGCAAAUAUUUUUGUUUAGGGCCGUGCCGUUUGGUGACGGAGACCGUUGUCUAACACAAUGAGCCCGCAAUGCGUGCAGAGCAAUAGCGGAAUAAUUUUUUUUUUUGAACAUUGUCUUCAAGAAUGUCAAUUUCGCGGAAAAGAAAACACAUUUGGUGAUUUCAUUUUGGGAAAGGUUGUUUCCUAAUUGGUGAGAAAGGCUAUUAAGCUUCAAUGCAAAUCGAGUUCAUUAAAAAGUUCAAUAUUUGGUGAAAAGUUCAAUAUUUUUGACUAAGAGCUGCGAAAAGUUGUAGAUCCAAUUUACGUCUUCGUUAGGAGACAUCGUUGUGAACUUGAGAUCAAAAUGUAGUUUCUAGUUGUAGGUCUAGAUGGCACCAAAAAAAUAUCAAUUAGAAAACCUCAAAGGCAAGCGAAACAGCAAAAAAUGUUUGUUACCUGAAGUUUACGUAGAAGCUAUACAUUUUGGAUGGAGUUUUUUGAAAAUGUUCAAGUUUGUUUGCCAUUAAUCUUAACCAUCAUUGUAGCUUUUUGCUUAAUAUUUCUUGUCGGUUUUUUUUUUCUACAUUAUGAAAUAAUUGUUAUGUGUUUGUCUUCGAUUGGAAGGAAUAAUGAUCAUUUGAAACAUUUUCGCGAAAAAUUAGCUUGCUUAUAUUGAUUUGAAACCGAUACUUGUUAUUGUAUCUAAUUUAUUUCAUCGUUAAGUUAUUAAACUUGUAUCGGACAUGGAUCAAUUGAGUUCGUGAAGUUUUCGGCUUUAUUCGGACGCUCCGACUGUUACCGGGAAUACAAGUGACUCUGAUGCUUCAAAAAUUGAACUGAUUCUGUUAGAAGUUACGUCGACGCGGGAAACUAGAACGCGGAAAAUUUCGCAAUGCAUUACAAUAGUUAUAUAAUUUGGUUAAGUCAAGAGGGAUAGAGGGGGAAGAUUGUUAAUCCUACAAAUAGGCCUCAUUCUCAAGGCACUUCCUAUCAGGUUAUAUCACAGAAUUAGGUAUUUCUAGAUCCUCCUGGGAUUUCUGAAACAAGGAGUCUGAAAAUAGCUCGAGUUGGGUUACCUUUGGAAUAAGGCUUAAAGAAGGGAUUAACUCUCUCACUCUUAUCUUCUCUUGUCAGAUGAUUCUGAUGUAAAAAUUUAAUUCAUAGAAGUUGCCUUAUUUAUUAAGAAGAGUACAGAGUAAUAUAGAGUAAUAUAAACAGCGAGAUACAUCAAGACACACUACUGGCACAUAUGCUUAGCUGAGUGGUCUCAAUGAAAUAAAAUUAACUAUUUGUUCUUCCA